AACAUUUUCUUAAUUCCGCAGACCACAGACACAAAUAAUGAUUGUUCUUCAGUUUAGCAUGUUGCGCACGUUGAGCGCACUGGGUGAGUUCCCCCACACUCAACACCGAGGUGGACACACACACUAAGCUGCUCUAAAGUCGGACACAAAAUAGUCACAGUAGUUUUGUCUUCCUGUAAUAAUGUAUCUGUGUUUCCUUUAGUUUUAACUUUUAUGUAGAGAAACACAACGCAUGUCUCUUGAGGAGUCAGUUGGUUGGACGGUGGGAGAGAUGGAGCAGUUGUACCCAAACGCGUCGCGCAGCAUCACUGCUCUCCAAACCUCGGCACGGACAAUGUGGCUCACCGGCGUGGCCAUCGCUUCAGUUUAUGGUGUGAUCAGCGUGCUGGGGCUGAUCGGCAACAUCACCCUGAUCAAGACGUUUUGCUCCGCCAAAUCAACCCGCAAUGUGCCGAAUCUCUUCAUGUCGAGUCUUGCGCUCGGGGACGUUUUACUGCUGGUAACCUGCGCUCCGGUGGAUGCCAGCCGCUACCUGUCAGAGGAGUGGCUGUUCGGCAGAGUGGGUUGUAAAGUCAUCCCUUUCAUUCAGCUCACCUCGGUUGGAGUGUCUGUGUUCACUCUCACAGCCCUCUCUGCUGACAGGUACAAGGCCAUCGUGAAGCCCUUGGAAAUCCAAACUUCAAGCACCACUACCAACAUUGUCCUGAGGGCGGCGCUAAUCUGGCUCUUCUCCCUGGUCCUGGCUAUCCCCGAGGCCGUCUACUCUGACCUCCACACCUUCAACGUCACCUCCACUGAUGAGAGCUUCGUUACGUGCGCACCUUAUCCCCAUGCUGGGGAACUGCACCCAAAGAUACACUCCAUGGCCUCCUUCCUCAUUUUCUACGUCAUUCCCCUGCUGGUUAUAUCUGUGUACUACACCUUCAUCGCCCGCAGCCUGAUGAGGAGCGCUUCAAAUCUGCCUGUGGAGGGGAACAUGCAUGCAAGACGCCAGGUUGAAUCAAGAAAGCGCUUGGCCAAGACGGUGCUGGUGUUUGUUGGGCUCUUCGCAGUAUGCUGGCUCCCCAGUCACAUCAUCUACUUAUACCGCUCCUAUCACUACUCCCAGGUGGACACCUCACUGGUUCACUUUGUGUGCAGCGUAGUAGCUCGGAUCCUGGCCUUCACCAACUCCUGCCUCAACCCCUUUGCCCUGUUCCUGUUGAGCAAGACAUUCAAAAAGCAGUUCAACCAGCAGCUGUGUUGCUGCUGUCGUAUGAUCCUCAGACACUCCUCACAGAGCCCGACACAUUACAACACACGUGUGACCUCUGUCCGCAGCACACAUUACUCCAUGGCAAGUCUGAGCAUUAUCAAUGGCAGACAGAUCUAUCAGGAAGAUUGUGUGUAAGUUCAUGUGUACUUUGUGUGUACUUUGUGUGUGUGUAUAUGUGUGUCCGUGUGCGCGUGUGUGUGUGUGUGUGUAUAUGUGUGUCCGUGUGUGCGCGUGCGUGUGCGUGUGUCAGUUCACCAAAUAUUGAUAAUGAUGUAUCACUUUGAGAAAGAAAAAAAAAAGUUUAACUCAUUCAAUUCAUUGCUCUUUUGGUGAUGUAUCUGUGUAGUAAACACUGAGUUUUAUUUCAGCUAUUGUCAUAGCACUUUGUAAAAUAUAUUUAGUAAUAUUUGACUUUCUUUUCCAAGCCAAUUGCUUUAUUGUGCGUACAUUAUUUAAAAAAGAAAAAAUGCAGAGUUUUUGCUUUUGAGUCAGUGGACUUGUUAACCACAUUUGAACAUAUAAUUAUGCAAACAAAAAAAUAUGAUCAAUAUGCUUUUACAAAUCAUUUUGAUCAUAAGACCCUUGCAUAAGUCAUACAAUUAUUAUUAAAUAUUGCAAUUCCAUAGAGUCUGGGGGGAUACAAAUAAAUCAGAAUUACAGCAGCAGUAUAUCCUGACUAGAUUAGUUAACUAGUAUCAGUCAAUCGAAAUACGCUAAGUCUUGGAAAUUACAUUUACACUUAUAACACUAAUUUGUUUUCCAUUCACAUCUUAAUGAGAAAUGCACUGGUAACCUGUCUUCCAGCGAAGCAGGUAUAACAUCUUUUUACCAUAUCGUCACCUUCCUAAAAUAAUGGCCUAAGUCAUGUUUUGACAAAAAUGUUUUUUUUGCCUAAAUCACCCCCUCAUGAUGCUGGCCACCUCUGGUAAAAUCGCCUGAAUCCUCAGUUGAGGGGAACAUGCAAUUCUACCCCCGGUUGUAUAAUGGCCUAUGUCAAAAGUGUGACUCUUUUGUUGAGUUUUUUGUGUUUCCUGAAAAACCUGAAAAAAUGACUUAGGCCAUUAUUUUAAGAGGGUGUCGAUA